AUGGCGGAGCUACAAAUGCUUCUGGAGGAGGAGAUUCCAGCGGGACGGAGCGCUCUGUUGGACAGCUUCACCAACUUGGAACGGGUCGCGGAGUACUGCGAGAGUAACUAUGUCCAGUCUCCGGACAAGCAGCGGGCUCUUGAGGAGACCAAGAACUACACCACCCAGUCUCUGGCCAGUGUGGCCUACCUGAUCAACACUCUAGCCAACAAUGUCCUGCAGAUGCUGGACAUCCAGGCCUCUCAGCUGCGCCGCAUGGAGUCCUCCAUCAACCACAUCUCCCAGACGGUGGACAUCCACAAAGAGAAGGUGGCUCGCAGAGAGAUCGGCAUCCUCACCACCAACAAAAACACGUCUCGUACCCACAAAAUCAUCGCCCCCGCUAACCCCGAGAGGCCCGUGAGGUACAUCCGCAAGCCAGUGGACUACAGCCUGCUGGACGACAUGGGCCACGGGGUCAAGGCCAGCGCUCAGAACAUGAAGGCGGGUGGAAUGCCUCGCACCAACCCCCCAACACAGAAACCGCCGAGCCCCCCGCUCACAGGGAAGGGCACCCUGGGGCGCCACUCCCCCUAUAGGACGCUCGAGCCGGUGCGUCCUCCCGUCAUACCUAACGACUACGUGUCAAGUCCGACACGCAACAUGGCGCCUCCCCUUCAGAGUCCCGCCCGCACUGCAUCCGUUAAUCAGAGGACCCGCACGUACAGCAGCGGCAGCAGCGGUGGCAGCCACCCCAGCAGCAGCCGCAGCAGCAGCCGAGAGAACAGCGGCAGCGGCAGCGUGGGCAUCCCCAUCGCCGUGCCCACCCCGGCCCCGCCCGGAGUAUACCCAGCCACUGCCCCCUCCAACCCUCCCAAGCCCACUCCCUACACCGCCCCGGUCACCCCCAACCCCACACUGGACGGCCCUGCCAAGCCCCCCGUAGAGAUCCCUCCCGUGCCCCCACCCCCUCCCCAGCUCCCCGACAACAUGGCCUAUGGCAACAACGUACCAGGUGAGUCCCCAGCCGGUCGCCCGCCCUCAGACCAGUCAUGUGACCCGCCCCACCCCCACCCCGCCAGGUCGUCGGUCCGUGCUCAUCCAUCCUCAGCCGCGCUCAUCGCUCUUCAGUUCUAA